GGAGGUCUCCGUUCAAACGGCCGCGGGCUCCCUCGGUCGGCGGUCCCGGCGCGCGGUGAGCGACUCGUGGUGAACGACUCGUGGUGAGCGACUCGUGGUGAACGACUCGUGGUGAGGCUCGGGGUGAGGCUCCGUGUGAGCGACUCGUGGUGAACGACUCGUGGUGAACGACUCUUGGUGAGCGACUCGGGCCAUGGCUUCUAAGAAGCCGAGCCAGGCUGGUGUGCAUCAGCUGGAGGAGGAAGUGAAGCAGCUAUCGGAGGAGCUGGUACAAUGUCAGGCAGACAAGGAGUUUGUGUGGUCCCUGUGGAAGCGCCUCCAGGUGGCCAAUCCAGAUGUCUCUCAAGCGAUCAGCCUGGUGCUGGAAAGGGAGAAGCAGAAGGCUGAGCACAAGGACAGGAAGGUGCUGGAGAUACUGCAGGUCAAAGACAACAAGAUAUUCGAACUUGAGCAGCGUGUUGGAGGGCAGCAGCAGGAGUUGAGCAACGUUGUGCAGAGGAAGCAAGCGACGGACGAGCAGAACGCUGCGCUGCAGCAGCAGUUGUCGGGCCUGCAGGCGCAGCAUGCAGAGCAACGCGCAGAGCUGCAGAAGCUGCAGGCCGUGCACGAGCAGAGCGAGCGUCUGACGGAGCGGCUGCUGCAGGGACACGACGGUGAGAGGCAGGAGCUGCAGCAGCGCUGCACGCAGCUGGCGGUGGAGGUGGAGACGCUGCGUGGCCGCGCGGAGCAAAGCAGGCAGCAGCAGGAGGCGGCCGAGCAGAACGUGAACAGAUUGGAACAGGAGUUAAGGAAGUGGCGGCAGCAGGCGGAGGAGCGGACCAAUCACUGCAACGAGCUCCAAGCCCAGGUGACGCUGCGCCAGGCUCAGCUGUCACGCAGCAACGCCGAGCUCGACAAAACGAGGGAGCAGCUGCAGGAGCUGCAGAUCGACCAGCGCCUGCAAGCGGAGCACGCCGCACAGCAGUCGCAGCUGGUGGAGCAGCUGCAGGAGCUGACCCGCGACACGCAGCGGGUGCUGCGCCAGCAGGAGGAGACGCACAGGGCUGAGAGCGCCUCGCUGCAGCAGAUGCACGAUGAGCUGCAUCUGCGCUACGAGGCGUUGAAGGCCAGCGUGGUGCAACUGAGGCAUGGCCCCUGCACCCCGAGCUCACAACCGCAGCAACCAGAACAGAUGGAGGAUGGAGGCAGCAGCAGCAGGCAAACCAACCUCACUGGGAUGCAGCAGCAGAGUGAGUCAAGUGGCACCCGUGAGCUGGACAUGUUGCUCGCCGACAAGGAGGCCCUGCAGGAGAGGCUGCGUGACGUCACCACGAGGCUGGCUCAGCUGUCAAACCCGGCAACGGCUCCGGUGCACGGGAGAUACAGAAGCCCUUGCCGGCAGAGCAUCGCCUCCACCACCGCUCAGGGCAGGGACGCCGCUACACGCGCCCGCUCGCUUUCGCCAAGUCGCUCGUCGCGCCUCCUCUCCGACUCUCAAGCGCAGCUUCUCCUGCUGCAGGGCAGGGUGCGUGGCCUGGAAAACCUGCUGCAGGUGCAGGCGCAGGAGGGCGAGGAGCUGCGCCGGGCGCACGACCGGCGCUGCGAGCGUCUCGAUGCGCUGCAGGACAAACUCCGCGUCGCCGCCGAGCAGCUGCGGCAGGCCGAGGAGCAGCACGGACGGGGCGGCCGAAAGGGCGGGCCUCAGAGAGCGGCGCCGCACGAGCUGCGUCAGGAGGACAGCGACGGCGUGUGGAACGAGCUGGCCUUCGUCCAGCGGGAGAACCACGAGCUGAAGGCCGACAAGCUGCGUCUCCAGGAGGAGCUGGAUCGCCUUCGCGUGCAGGCGGCCGCAGACCGCGCCGCGUUGGCUCAGCUCUCACACUGCCUGCAUCAUGAGCGCGACGAGCUGCUGUGGAGACUGGAGCACCGCGGGGUGGGGAGCAGCUCCUUGCAGCCGGAGCAGUUGCGAGACUCGCAGCAGAUGCAGAUUUUCGCAUUGCAACGGCAAUUGAAGGCGGUGGAGAAGGAAGCUGGCAGACUGGCUGAGGCACGCGAUGCCCUGGCCGGCGAGAGGAGUCUACUGAAGGCCGCCGUGGCCAAACUGAGGAGGACGGCGGAAGACAGAACGAGGCAGACGGCCGCUGCCGACCGCGAGAGCUCGCAGCUCAAAGAGAAGCUCGCUCAGCUGCGGGAGACGCUGGAGCAGACGUCCUGCAAGAACUCCGAUCUGGGCCGAAGGAUGGCUGGGCUCAAGGGCCAGCUCAAGCGGCUGGAGGAGGAGAACGCCGGGCUGCGGGGCCGGGCGCGGGAUGGCGAGCGGGCCCUUGACGCCAACGCAGAGCUUCGCCGGCAAGUGGCUCGCUUGCGGCGGGAAGGCGCCGAAUCCAGCGAGCGGUGCGGCCAGCUGGAGCGUCGGCUCGACGGACUCGAGGCGCAGAGGCUGGCGCUCGCCGAGGGCCACGGGGCCCUGAGGCAGCGCUGCCGCCAGCUGCGGCGCGAGAACGCGGCGCUGGCGGAGAAGCGGCGACCGGCGGCACGACACGGCGGGGGCGCGCCGUGCUCGGACGCCUUCGGGAGGGAUGCGGAGGGGAACGCGGAGGAAGGAUGCGAGGAGAGACUCGGGGAGAGACGCGCGGAAGGGAGCGGAGGCCCCGCGAGGAAGAGGAGGCCUGGCAGGAGGAGACGCAGCGGGAACCUCCGGCACCACCAGGCCGUACUGAACCGAUCCAUCCAGGAGAUGGGAAACACGUUCCGCAACUUCAGCAAGGACGGAUGGGAGGACAUGAGCGACUACAGCAGCGACACGGAUUCGGGGACAACGGAGAGGACGACUCCCAGCAGCAGCCUGGGCUCGUUGAUUGCGCAAGCGUCCCAAGCGCGGCCCCGCACCGCCAAGGGCGGCCCCGCACGGCCCUGCUACCCACGGUGGAGGCGGCACCUUCGCGUGCAGCACGCGGCGGCGUCGCUCCACGCGUCCCCGGCGCCGGCGCCGCCACACCGGGCGCCUCCGCCAGCCGUGGCGGGGGCCCUGCGGCGCCGCGUGGCAUCCCUGCAGCGCCGAGUCGCCGUGCUCCGCUCCGCCCGGCUGCAGGCGCAGGGCGCAGCGGCGCGGCUGCGCGAGCACGCCACGCUGCUCGGCGCGCGGCUCUCGGAGGCGCAGCAGCGCGCCGAGAUGCAGCGGCUCGCGGCGCAGAGGCUGCGUGCCGAGGUGUCCGAGCUGCAGCAGAAGAUCCGAGUCCUGGAGCGAGGCGGAGACGAGGUCAGGGGGGGCCUACCGUCUCCGGCGCUACCGGUUCCUCCGCCAGCCUCCGCUGUGGCGCCGCCAGCCCCGCCACCCAACCAGGACGCGGAGAUCAAACAGCUGCAGCUCAAGCUCAGGGGCUCGGCGGGCGAGAUGUCUCGGCAGCUCGCGACCAUCAAGGAGCUGCGGAUGGAGCUCCAGGAGAAGGAGAAGCACAUCUCAGAGCUCCAAGACAAGGUGACACGAGGGGAGCGCGACGUCGCCAUGAAGCGUCAGCUGCUGGAGGAGCAGCGCGAGCGCGUGAAGGGCGCACAGCUGAGCGAGGCGGCUCAGCGGGCCGCACUCACCGAGCUGGAGGGGAAGGUGAAAUCCCUCACGGAGGAGGCGAGUGGCAGGAAGGUCGCCCUCGACUCGAUGAAGCAGCGACUGAACGUGGCUACGAAGGCCAAGGGCGAGUACGAGCAGCUCUACCAGAGAGCCAAGGAGGGGCUGGACAAGAAGACGCAGAAGCUGCGCGAACACAACGAGCGGUUACGCGCGGCCGAGGGGGCGGCCGAGGAGCUGGAGGCGGCGGCGUCGCAGCAGCUGCACGAGCUGGCGAGCCACAGCCAGCAGACGCUGCGUGACCUGCACCAACAGCUGAACGCGUCUCAAUCGCGGACCGCCCAGUUCGCCAACUUCGUCAAGGCAUUGGCGGGGGAGUUUGUGCGUCACACACGGGAGACGCACGCUCUGUUGCGGCGAGCGCAUCCGAGCGACACGGUCGCGCGGACGGACUCGGCGAGCAGAGCUCAGUCCCUCGCUGCCUCCAUCCUCAACAUCACCGAGGCGGAGCUCUCAGACAUCCUGGAGGUGGAUGAGGCCCAGGCCAAUGCGACGCUGCAGAGGGAUACGCGGUGGUGCAGCGAAGUGGAGGCACUCUUGGAUACCCAGGGUCCAUUUGCAGACAGAUUGCUACACCUCGUGGUGGGGAAGAUGGAGGAAGAACUGCAGCUAACACACAACAUCCUGCAGCAGAAAGCCACUUGAAUAAAUGUGAACCAGACUCGCUGUUCAUUUUAUUGUAUUUUUUUGUUUUUUACAAUUUACUGUACAUGUGUAUCUCAAUGUUUUUUUUUCUGGUUACAGCAUCUACCCGCUCACCAAUGUUUUACAACUCCCUGGAUCAAGUAUGCUUUCGCCCAACAUCGUUUAAGGCUGUAUCUUACACAGCCACCAUGACUGAAUACACCUCAGCUGUGCAUAGUAGCUAAAUACAAAUGCACCCUUCAAGUUUGUUAUAAUGAAGUAUAUAAUCGAUCAUGUAAUUUUUUAUUGAAUUAUGGGCAACUGGGUUGACACUAAAAUCUAGUUUUCACCUUGGUUGGGAGUCUAUGGUUGUAGCUCAUGAUGGAUCUGUGAAAGAGCUUCGUAGUUAAUCGGAUUCCUCCAGUCUAAACGAUUCUGAGCUCAGGAUCUGGUUUAGUGAUUUUAGACAAGAACCCAUUGAUUCCUGAGCUCCCAAGCUAUUAAACUACAAUCCUUU